UAUUACAGAAGUAUAUACUUUUGCAUCUAGCUAACCUACUGCUAGUAGUGCUUUUAACUGGUAGAGUUGUAAGAAAGAAACCACACACAAACAAGAUAAGAGAGAAGUAGAGAGAGAAAAAGUGUUGAGAGAGAGAGAGAGAGAGAGAGAUGAGAACCAGCAACCACUUGAUCGGCUUACUGAACUUCCUAACGUUCCUGCUGUCGGUUCCCAUACUGGGUGGCGGGAUAUGGCUGAGCAGCAGGGCGGACAAUACGGACUGCAUGAAGUUCCUCCAGUGGCCGUUGAUCGUGAUCGGCGUCUCCAUCAUGGUGGUCUCGCUGGCCGGAUUCGCCGGCGCGUGUUACCGCAACACCUUCCUGAUGUACCUCUACCUGUGGGCCAUGUUCUUCAUCAUCGCCGCUCUCAUCGGCUUCGUGAUCUUCGCCUACGCGGUGACGGACAAGGGGUCGGGUCGAUCCGUCGACAACCGGGUCUACAAGGAUUUCUACCUGCAGGACUACUCGGGUUGGCUGGAGGAGCACGUAGCGAGUAAUAGCAACUGGGGCAAGAUCAGCUCUUGUAUUAGGGACUCCAAGGUGUGUGCGAAAAUGGCCAGAGGCUUAAAUGGCGUGCCUGAAACUGUUGACAUGUUUAACCUCAGAAAGCUCAGCCCUGUUCAGUCUGGUUGUUGCAAGCCCCCCACAGACUGUGGCUAUACUUACGUGAAUGAGACCUUUUGGACCGGAGUGAUCGGGUCCAACCCUGACUGUACUAAGUGGAGCAAUGACCAAGCGCAGCUCUGCUACUCCUGUGACUCUUGCAAAGCCGGCGUGUUGGCGACUCUGAAGAAGAGUUGGAGGAAGGUCUCUGUCAUCAACAUUGUUGUGUUGAUCAUCCUCGUUAUCGCUUAUGUGGUGGCCAUUGCAGCAUUUAGGAACAAUCGUAAGAUGGACAACGAUGAACCCUAUGGUGAAACCAGAAUGGAGAAGGCACAGCCUAGUCGGAUACAUUUCUAGCCAAGAUUUUCUCCGAGUUCGGUAGAAUUUUAAGCCCUAGGAUUGUGAAGAAUGUGAUUUCUUGUUUUGUAUUAAGGGGUCUGUGUGUUUUAGAUGGGAAGAACUGUGUUUUGUAUGUUUAAUUUUGAAGGGAAGUUGGCUGUAUGUAUGUGUUGACGGUGGUAGUAAGCAGUAUUUUCAUUUUCUGAAUCUUCAACUCAAAAAAGUUACAAGUUGUGUAAUAUAUAAGCAAUACUUGGAAAAUUCAAUUGUUUGGAUGAACGACAAUAAUGUUAUGUCUGCAAGUAUCGAAUUCAUGCUAUGGAUUUGAGAUUAUAAAUUUGAGAUUGGAAUA